UUUCCUUAUUCUCAGUCCAUCCUACUCUCCUUCUUCCCUCUCUAGUCUCCUUCCUCUUCCCUCUCUUUCUCUCUCCUCCAUUCCUUCUCUGAAGCAACAAAAAUGGCGUCGACAGAAGAAGAAAGCGCAGUUAAGGAGCCUCUCGAUCUCAUUCGUCUCAGUCUCGAUGAACGUAUUUACGUCAAGCUUCGUUCUGACCGCGAACUCCGUGGCAAACUCCAUGCUUAUGAUCAGCAUUUGAAUAUGAUUCUUGGAGAGGUUGAGGAAGUUGUGACAUCUGUGGAAAUUGAUGAUGAGACUUAUGAGGAAAUUGUUCGGACUACAAGGCGCACUGUUCCAUUUCUCUUUGUUAGAGGAGAUGGUGUCAUAUUGGUGUCACCGCCUCUUAGGACAGCUUGACUUAGGACAUCACAAUAUUGGAUUUUGACCAAGGGAUCAAGCAUUUUAUAGUUGCAUCUGUUGUGAUCUUAUGCAAAGCUCAAGAAACUGUUUUACAAAUGUAGUCUAGUUUGGACAAAACAGGAUGUCAUAACUCCGUGGAUGAAUGUAAGCCUUUUUUUUGUCACGUUUGAAUAUUAACUGAUUUCUGUCACGUUUUUUUCAUCUUCGAUUUGAUCUGAGUGAAUUUGUACUCUUAUUGGCAA